CUCGCGAAAGCGAAGAGUUGUAGUCCCAAAGUCUCCCUCCCUCUCUCUGCAAACCGCCCAAAAUCUUAAUCCCUCUCGCUCUCUCCUUCCAUCCAUCGCUGCACCCAUCGAAAUUCAAUUAAUUAGAGAUCGAUCUUCCCCUCUAUUCCACACGAUUCGAAAAAACCCUAAUUUUCUUGCGACUCCCCGUCAGAUUCCGGCCGCUUCCAACGUCAGACACCGAUCGGUCGCCGUUCAAUAUCCAGAUUCGUCUUCUUCCAAACGUCAGCAUCGAAAUCUCAUUCCCCUUUCCUCCGAUAGGAACCGUCAAAAUUAGGGUUUGGGCCAUCCCUCCCGCUACGUCCGUUCCACUCCGCCAUGCCACGGAGCUCCCGACAGAAAUCUCGCAGUCAACACGAGCACGGCUAUAAGGAUUCGAGAGAGCGUACGGAUUCCGAAGAAGAAGAGAUGUCGAGAGAAAGGAAGCGGAAGGAAGAUUCUGGAACUAGGGUUUCGGAAACCGCGGAAAAGAGGAAGAGGCGGUCGCCGUCGCAGCAAGGGAAAGAUCCGUUAGAUUCCAGUGCUCUGAAGAGGAGGAAAGAUAGGGCCGAUUCCGCGGUUGCCGAUCGGUGGAAUGGCAGUGGCAGCAACGAUGAGCCGACCAAGGGUUUGGUUAGGGAUUCCGAAAGCAGGUCGAGCAGGAGGCGCGAGAGCCUGAGUGAAAGGAAAGAUGAGGUUUUGAUGACAGAGGAGGAGGCAAAGAAGGGCAGUGGAAGGGCAGAGACGAAGCGGAAGUCGGAGAAGGAUCUGGAACGGAAAGAGGUUUAUAAGGAUGUGAAGGAGAAGGAAAGGGGAGUGGAUAGGGAUAAGAAGGUUCAAGAUGGCCGUCCUGAAAGAUCGGCUGAUGGGGGCAGUGACGUGAGUAGGAAACAGGGAAUGCAAAUGGGUGGUUUGGAAGAAGACCAUAAGGCCAAACGUGAAGUAGAAAUUACUGCUGCAUUGUACGCAGAAUGGAAACAACAGGAUGAACUGCGCAAUCCUGAGUUAGAGAAAGAACUCGACAAACGGAUAAGGAAAAGAGAUAGCUCUGGUUAUAAGGAUAAAUUGCAGGAGGGUGUUAGAGAUGGUGACGAUAGACGAUUAUCUUCCAACAAUGAUCGUCUAAAAAAUGGUGAUUACAAAAAUGAAAAGCAUAAAGAUAGCAGAUACAGUGAUAAGUACCGUGAAGAUCUUGAUAGGGAUGAUAGACACCGAGAUGAUAAGCACAGAGAUGAGCGCUCAAGAGAUCAUAGCAGUGACAGGUCCCAUAAUAAGCGUUUCAAGGAUGAAAGUAAGCCUUCUGGAAAUUGUCAUAAGAAAGCUAAGCUUCAUGAGACUGAACAUGGUGGUAGUCCCUAUGAUGAUGAUCGAAUCAGGAGCAAGGAGAAAAGGGAAAGAAAAAGGUCUUCUGAUGAUAUGGAUGAUUAUACCGAUCUAAUGUCACGAAGUCCCAAGGAACACAGUACUAAUGUGGAGAAGAAAAGGUUGAGCAGUGGUAAACUAGAUACCCUUACAGACAGGGGAAGGUCUGACUCGCGUAAUCACCAAUCGGAUGUUCAUUCUAUGCCAUGCAAUAGCCGAUUGAAGAGUUCUCCCAGCUCAAGUACUCGUAUUAUCAAGGAUCUGUGCAGGCAUGGCUCAAGGCAAGCAGAGUCUAGGGAUGGAUUGUCUGAAGAAAGACUUCAGCCUAAUACUGCUUCUAGAAGAGAGGUUUCUAGUGUCUCUGGAGGCACCGAGAGAGUCUCUGAGUCCCGGUCCACAGAGAAGCCCAAACAAAAGGAUUACAACCAUUUCGGUGAAUCAUCAGCAGAGAAUUCUGCCGCUUCCAAAUACAAAAGGCCCUCAAAAACUGAUCACCAGGCAUCACCCAUUCAAUUAGCAGAAAAAUCACCUUCCUCAACAAGCGGUGACAGGGGAGUUCCAAACAGAGCUGGUGUGACUCAUAGUGUUGAUGGUGAAGAAAUGGGGCAGAGGAGUGCCUCCAGGGAUGCUAGAGAUCAUUUCAGUGGUGAUGAUAGAGGUCUGAAGUCGCCCAUGGAGAAGCGAAGAGUAGAUGAACUUUGUCAAGCAGAAGAGCUCGGUGGUGAGCCAGCACCUACUGGAAAUAGAGCUGGUAAAUUGCCUUGUAACUCACCGAGUCUUCUACCUCUUCAACCUCCUAGGCUUGCAAUUGACAAUCCUUCUGUUUUGGGCUCGUUGGAAGAAGACACUCGGGGUCAGGCUGGUGACCGGAAGCCCAACUCCAACAACCGUUACAAAAGAAAUGGGGAUCCCAAUACAGGAAGAGGGCAGGGAAAUGCUUGGAAGGGUGUCCCCAACUGGCCUUCACCGGCAAAUGGCUUCAUCCCUUUUCAACAUGGGCUGCCUCCCAGUGGAUUUCAUGCAGCGGUACCACAGUUUCCUGCCCCAACUCUGUAUGGCGUCAGACCGUCCAUGGACUUGAGUCAUACUGGGCUAUCUUUUCACAUGCAUGAUGCGGAGAGGUUUCCUGGUCACACCCGUACAUUUGGUUGGCGAACCCCAGCAGAUGAAUCGUUUGCUCCUCACUUGCAUGGUUGGGAUGGAAGCAAUGGUGUCUUUGGAGACGAAUCUAAUAUCUAUGGGAGGUCAGAUUGGGAUCAGAAUAAGCACUUGAUGAGCAGUCGAAGGUGGGAGGUGAAUGCAGAUGCUUGGAAGGGACAAAAUGGAAACACGAUUAUAGAGUUUCCAACGCUUCAGAAGGAAUCAGAUUAUUUGGCACGAAUUCCUGAUGAGCAGUCUGACCACCGGUCUCGGAAUGAGCAGAGUCAGCCUGAACAUUUCCCAGCCGAAAGCAUUGAAAUAAAGCGAGCUGAUGAUACUCCUUUGGCAAAAAAUACUGCAGGGAUUACUCCAGUAAAUGAAGUUGUGCCUGACCCUUCAAGUGUAUCAACUCAUGAUGGUCGUCAUUUUUGUUGUUUUUAUCUGUCUAAGCUUGACAUCUCAGUAGAUCUCGCCCUUCCCGAGUCAUAUCAACAGUGCUUGAGCUUAUUGGAUAUGGAGGGAGGCAGAACUGGCGAGAGUAAUGGCAUGAUGCAUGUAUGCUCAGAGGGGGAUGAGGAGGUUGGGGCAAAGAUUUCCAAUCACAGUCUGAAGGAAUCUCUCUUCCCUGCAAUAACAGACACCAUUUUUCAGCGAGCCAUGGACCUUUAUAAGAAGCAGAAAGAAGAAAGAAAUGUGAAGAUUCCUGUCUCGACUUCUCCUGGGUCAGAACUGAAGAAAGUAUCCCCAGCUUCUGAUGAAGGAAAAGUGGAACCAGUCGAUGAUCGCUCCUGCAUGGAGCAUGCUCUUCCUGAUACUGAUCAAUCUAGCCACAAGGAAGGUGAGAACAGGAAUGGCGAUUCUGAAGGCGAUCCUUUUGGCGAUUCCAAGGAAAAAGAAUCUGGUACUACAUCCAGUGUCAAUGUUUUUGGUGAUGGUUCUCUGGCAUGUGAGGCUUUAAUGCCCGAAUUGAGUGGGUGUAGGGUAAAUUUAAGUCGGAUACAUAAUUCUCCAGAAAGUACACAUUGAGACAAUUUCUAUUACAUGCCUUUUGAAAUGCCCCUUCUCAUUGAAAUUCAUGUGCCCUGGUAUCUAUCGGCCUCUGCCGAUCUGCAUCAGUUUAGCUCUA